ACAGAAAAAAGCUGCUUGGCUGUGCUUUUGCUAAGGACUAGGGAUACGCAUCGGUUUCGACGCGUUUGCGUGACGCGCUGGAGUGAGACGCUCGAGAUGCCGUCGUCGCUCCUCGCCGUGGAAUGCCGCGAGGCCGUCAGCCGGAGCAGCCACUCGUGGGCGCCCGACUACGCGCUGGGCGGGACGGCAGCGGCGGCCUGGGCGCUCUCCGCGGAGGCGCUCGACGAACUCGCGGAAGUUGUCGCGGCCGCGGGCGGCCGCGGGCCGGCG